AUGGGAUCACAAACCGGUACGAAGCAUUCGAAACCAUCGAUGAAACCUUCGAAUGCUUCUUCUUCGUUCACCGUCAGAUCCUCUUUCGCGAUUUCGUCUCAAUCAGCAAUGGUGGAAUUGAAGCAAAGGAUCUUAACUUCUCUCUCUAGAAUCGGUGAUCGUGAUACUUACCAGAUCGCAGUCGAGGAUUUAGAGAAAAUCGUCGUCUCCGUCUCCGAUUCACCAGAAAUCCUUCCGGUGUUACUCCAUUGUCUUUUCGAUUCCUUUACUGAUCCUAAAGCUCCGGUCAAGAGAGAAUCAAUUCGUCUCCUCUCUUUUCUUUGCCUCUCUUAUUCCGAUCUCACUUCUUCGCAGUUAGCGAAAAUCAUCUCGCACAUCGUUAAGCGUCUCAAAGACGCCGAUAACGGUGUACGCGACGCUUGUCGAGACGCGAUUGGAUCUCUCUCUGCGCAGUUUUUGACGGAGAAGGAGGAAGGGAAUGGAAGUUCUUCUGGUGGGUCUUCGUUGGUGGGGAUUUUUGCUAAGCCAUUGUUUGAAGCAAUGGUUGAACAGAACAAAAGCUUACAAUCUGGUGCUGCGAUUUGUAUGGGGAAGAUGAUUGAUUCAGCAUUGGAACCUCCUGUUGCAGCUUUUCAAAAGCUUUGCCCUAGAAUUGCAAAGCUUUUGAAUAGCCCCAAUUACAUUACUAAAGCUUCUCUCUUACCUGUAAUUGGAAGCUUGUCUCAGGUUGGAGCUAUUGCACCCCAGAGCUUGGAUUCAUUGCUACACAGUAUUCAUGAGUGCCUUGGAUGUACGGAUUGGGUUACUCGUAAGGCAGCGGCUGAUGCCUUAAUAUCCUUAGCUGUCCAUUCUAGCAAUUUGGUUGUGGACAAAACAGAUUCCACUAUUACAGCUCUUGAGGCCUGUCGUUUUGAUAAGAUAAAACCUGUUAGAGAGAGCUUGUCUGAAGCACUGAAUGCCUGGAAGAACAUUGCUGGAACGUCUGAUGACCAGAAGGAUUGCUCAUCUGAGCAAUGUAUGUUGGAAAGCAAUGGAGAAACCGAUUCAAUUGCAUGUGAGAGAGCAGGACCGGUGAUGCAAGGCUCUUCUGAUGGUUUGAGCAGUAAUUCAGAUUCCAUUUCAAAAGCAGUUCUCAUUUUGAGGAAGAAAGCUCCUCGCUUGACUGGCAAAGAUCUUAACCCAGAAUUUUUUCAGAAACUGGAAAAAAGAGGUUCUGGUGAUAUGCCUGUUGAAGUUAUUCUUCCCUGUAGGCAAAAGAAUUCGUCGAACUCAAACACAGAGGACGAUUCAGACACCAAUACUUCAGUAUCGAGGAGCAGGUGCAGAAUAGCUGGUGUCCAUCCGAAACAAAGACAUUUUGGAGAUUUCGCAAGAGAAAAAUGGGCAGAUGAAAGAAUGAACGGAGGCAAAUCAUGGUUAAGAGCAUUUGAUGGAGAUCAGACCGACGUAAAUCAGGUGGAAGCAUCUGAAAACAGAGGAAAUUGGCCACCUUUACAGAGACAGUUAUUGCAGUUGGAGAGACAACAAACCCACAUAAUGAACAUGUUGCAGGAUUUCAUGGGUGGUUCACACGACGGCAUGAUAAGUUUGGAGAACCGUGUUGUAGGUCUUGAGAGGAUCGUAGAAGAGAUGUCAAGAGAAAUGUCUAAACAAUCAGGUGCGAGGGGAAAGGCAGCUGCAUCAUGGAGGUCUGAUGUUGUAGAUGGAUGGGAUAGUCCUAACUAUGGAGUUUCUUCGGGAAACACUCAGGUCAGUACAAGAAGGACACGUGGCACUCCUGAGCACUCAAGUAACAGCAGAAGAGCUUGGGACAAAAGCUCUGCACCUAUUAGACUAGGUGAAGGACCUUCAGCUCGAAGCGUAUGGCAAGCUUCAAAAGAUGAAGCUACUCUCGAAGCAAUACGUAUAGCUGGAGAAGACUGUGGAGUACCGUCAAGGACAAGACGAGUAUCUAUUCCCCAAGCAGAAGCAAUAAUGGACGAAGAUGAUGAUUUCCGCGGAGGACAAGAGCGAGACCUUGUCUGGACUUGUUGGAGCAAUGCGAUGCACGCAGUCCGAGUUGGUGAUACCGAUUCUGCAUUUGCUGAGGUAUUAUCAACCGGAGAUGAAAUUUUGCUUGUCAAGUUAAUGGACAAAACCGGUCCUGUUCUUGAUCAACUCUCGAGUGAUAUCGCAAACGAGGUUCUCCACUCUAUUGCACAGUUUCUCCUGGAUCAUACUCUGUUUGAUAUCUGUCUAUCUUGGAUUCAACAGUUGCUAGAAGUAAGUGUAGAAAACGGAGCAGACUUCAUGGGAAUGCCAAUGGAGUUAAAGAAGGAACUUCUGUUGAACCUACAUGAAGCUUCUUCGACAACAGAUCCUCCCGAGGAUUGGGAAGGUCUAGCUCCCGACCAUCUUUUGAUCGAAUUAGCAUCUAACUGGACCAUCGAACUCCAACAUUUCGACCCGUAA